AUGUCGAAGAAUCCCUCACUGCGCAGUUCCCGCUCGCACAACUCGUCAGUUGGCGAAAAUUACACAUCGACACGGAGUUCUGUGUCCAGUCGCCACCGCCGUCAGGAGCAAAAAAGGGAGGUCUUACUGCCACCGGCAAAUAUGACACCGUUUGAACGCCUUCAGCUUCUCCGUAAUGCUUUAACGCGAAUGCAAUACAUCGGGGAGCGCCACUUGCACAGCGCCAUGCUUGACACCGCUGGUGGCGAAAAGGUACUUUGCUUCUUUGAAAAGCUUCGUGAGCGACUGCCGAAGCUUGAGUAUAACCCGCGGAAGCUCGGUUGUCCAGAAGGAAACGGGCCCAAGCAGUUACAAUACAUCAGAGAGCAGACACUCAUUCUACAAGAUGCAGCAAACGUCGUACUUAAAAGCUGCGAGGCUCAGAAAGGAAAAUGUGAUGCCGUAUAUGAGGGUUUGUCGUACCACUACUUACAGGAGGUCUUGCGGGAGCUGGAGGAGAUUCAGCAUCUCUUGAGCCAUGCCCCAUCCGAGAUGCCAAGUCGUGUCAACACGGACCUCUUGGCAGACCUGGUUUCAUUUCAAAUAAAUGAAUUUGAUGCAUUUGCGGAGCAACGUGUGGAGGCUUUUGUGAGCGAAGCUAAGAAUGAGGGGACACUUUUUACUGCUGUUGUGAAUGAACUUAGUCAGCGUGCCCCUUCAUCUACUGGGCUCGUUUCCAUAUUUGUUUUGGAUGUGGCCAUCGGCGUGCGGCCUGGUCGCUGUGCCCGCAUUGUCAUUGAGCAUGCGCAGCACAACCUUACGAAGCUCGAGAAUCGUCUGCACACCGCUGGCUCCGUCCUAAGUGCAAUGACUUCAGAGAAAGACUUGCCCACGGAGACGCAGCGCAGAGAACUUGCUAUUUUAAAGGAUCGUGUUAGCGGUUCUCUUGCAGAGUUGAUUCGCUUAAAAAAAAAGUGGGAAGAGGAGGAGCUUAGAACGUUUGAGCGGGCCGCCUCGGGGCAACAUGUACUUUUAUCUUUGGUGGAGAUGAAGCGACUGAAGGAAGCGGAAAUUAUUGAGGAGGCACAAUUAAUUCAUGAUCGAGCGAUGCAUUCUUGUCUUUUAUUUUCCGCACCACAGUAUUAUCGCCGCUAUAGCGAAACCUACGCCCAGCCGUGCCAUGUGCAGAUUGGUUUCAAGUUUCUACAGGGAGAACAAGUGGAGUCUCAGCCAAAGUCCAUGACCCUCUAUGCGUUGGUACCGGAGUUUUUUUCCUUGAUGCGGCAGCACAACAUUCCAGCGCAGGAACACGAGCGGUACGCUGCAUUAGUACCAAGUAAACAUCACGUGUGGGUUUCCUUUUCUGAAUUUCCAGAGAUGGUGCGAGGUGCCCGGUGUAGCCUUCGUGGAGUAGACACCCGAAAUGAUCACUUUCGUGCGUUUGAGGAGCAAAAGGAGGUGGGAGGGUAUUUUAUUAUGCGCGGCGGGGAACGCAUUUUGCGUGCUCUUUUAAUGCAGCGGUGUAAUGUCCCUCUCAACAUAUUUCGCGAACGGUUUUCGUCACAGGGUCCGUUUUUCUCACCAAAGGCCGUGGUAAUUCGUUGCAAACGGCCCAGUGGUUUGACGAUUCAAAACUAUUUUUACUACGCAACUACGGGUGAAGUCGUAUUUAGCUUUGCGCGUAAGGUGGUUUGGCAUAUUCCUGUUCUUCUCCUGCUGUUUUCACUGAAUACCCGGCACUGUUCCUCGUUGGAGAUGUACAAACUACUCACGAUUGGCUUUACCAAUUGCAGCAGUUCCCACGUUGCCCGCGUUGAGGCACUUCUCCAGCAUCACCACCAAAAACCAUACGGUUCUCUUGUUCAUUUUUUGGACUACAUGGGAGUGUUGGGGCAAAUGUACCGGAAGUACCACGAAACAUCCAACACGUUCCACUUUCUUCCACAGUUUCAUUCCACGUGCCAAGGUCAGCACGACGUCUGGUAUGGCCUUUUUAUGCUUCGCCGUCAUGUAUUGCCUCAUCUCAAUGUCAAUGAACCAACACGGGAUUUGUCUCCAACUGCUACCCAGGAGGAAUGCGUUAACUGGCUCUCCCCCAAACUCCUUCAGGAGUUAAAUGCCAAACUGGAUGCAAUGAUUGCCAUUGUACGACAGCUGUACGCCUUUUUUGAUGGCGCCAACGAACAUCAAGGUAAUGAUGUACCCGCCUACCAGGAGAUAUUUACCGUUUCGCAGGUGCUUAUGGGUGGUUUUGAGGUUUGCCUUAAUAAAUACAUGAAGAGUUUUGUGUAUCGUUUGGGAAGUCAUAUUCCAUCUCAUCUCUUUCAAUCCAUUCUGCAAUUGGGUGAGUUGCCAGGAAAUGAGUCAAGUGGGGUUAUCAAUCAGCUGCGGCAGUACACAGAUUACUGUGAACGUCGAAGCAUAAAUGAACCUCUAGAUGCGUUACAUCGUCUAUUGAUUACUGGAAAUCUCACAUUGGAUCGUGAGGAAGAUUUUUACUGUCCGCAAACCUCUGGUUGGGUGGUGAUGGCAGAACACUUGAACUUUUACCGUUUUUUUGAGCAGUUGCGAUGUUUGCAUCGGGGUAAGACGAUUGCCGAGAUGCGUUCCAGUGAGGUGCGAAAGUACCCAUGCGAGGCAUUUGGUUUUAUCUGUAUGGUGCAUAGCCCUGAUGGGGCGGAUUGUGGUGUCUUGAAUCAUAUGAGCGUAAGCACAUUUGUUUCCGAAUCCGUUCCAACAGGUUCUCGAAAUGAAGAAGAUUUAUUGUCGCGGAUCACGGAGGAAUUUCACGGUCUUCGCAACGGCGGAUCUUUGGAUUCUCUCGUGGAUCGUCUGGUGGGUACAGUCCCUGUAUGGGUGGAGGGGAAGAUGUUGGGGUACUUGGCACCCGAAGAGGCCGAACGAGUGUGUAAGGCCUUGCUUCGAAAGAAGGCAUUGAAAACUGGCUCUAGUAUGGAGCUGAGUGGUAUUGUGCGCCGCCACAGUGUAAAUGCCUUUAGUAUGGUUGAGGUUGUGUAUGUCCCCCCAGGCAAUAAGGAUCCACAAGGGUUGUACAUCUUUUAUGAUAAUGGCAGAAUGAUGCGUCCUGUGCAGCAAAUUGAAUCCACAUCCCACGGUGACGAGUUACCCUUUCCUUUGGUGUAUAUUGGAACCUGGGAGCAGACGUGGCUUGACAUCGCCAGCGUUCCCUCUGACCUCCUGGACGGUUUGACUCAAUUGAAUCGAAAAUAUGAAUUUAUGGAGCAGAAUGGAAGUAAUAUUCUUAGUUUAACAUCGGCGACGAUUCCAUUCUUUGAGCAUAACUGUUCGCCGAGGAACCUCUUCCAAUGUGGUUUAUCCAAGCAAUCUGCCGGAACUCAAUUGCAAACAUUGGCAUGGCGUAAGGAAGCAAAACUCUUUCGUAUGUACUGCCCACAACGUUACAUCAGUCGAACACUCCCGAUGGAUUAUUACGGACUGGAUGAUGUGAAUUUGGGGGUCAAUGCUGUGAUUGCCAUUUUGGCCUAUACCGGCUAUGACUUGGAUGACGCUGUCAUUUUAAACAGUACCGCUUCCCAGUUUGGCAUGCUCACCGCCGGCAUUACUGUGGCCAAAGUUAUCACUGCUAGUGGAAAGGGGGAGAAGGAUGAUGUGUUUGUGUUUCAAAAUCUCUUGUCCAACGGACAGCCCUUCACACCAGAGUUGGAUGCUCAUGGACUGCCAAGAAAGCGUGCGGUGCCUGGUACGACAGAGUUGCUUUCCUUCGAUUCGGAUCACAAGUAUCCCACACUACGAGACAGCAGUGCGGUCUAUUGCUGUGCCAAACGCUAUGAACGUAUUGACCCCCUUAUGAAUAAGAAGGUUUACGAAUAUACAAGGCAUCACGUGACAAAGUGGUGGCAAUUUGAUAAGGGGGAGAACGCGUGGGUUCAUAGUGUGGUUCCUCUUAAAUAUGACGGGCCAGAUCCAACCAGCGCGCUUGUUGUGUUUCGUAUUCCUCGUCCAACAGCCAUUGGCGACAAAUUCUCAUCUCGUCACGGACAGAAGGGAACUCUUCCUCUGCACAUUCGAGCUUACGAUUUACCGUUUAGUACGCGUGACGGUAUCACACCUGAUAUCAUCAUCAAUCCACAUGCUUUUCCCUCUCGUAUGACGGUGGGGAUGGUGCUGGAGAUGAUGGGUGCGAAGCUAGGCGCCAUCCAGGGCCGUUUUUGCGAUCACAGCGCAUGGAGUGUAGUGGAUGAACGUCCACGCUCCGCUGAAGUUAUUGGGGACGCUUUACAAAAGGCUGGUUACAAUCGUUAUGGGCGUGAAAAGCUCAUUGAUGGCAUCAGUGGGGAGGAGAUGGAGGCUGACGUUUUCAUGGGCAUAUCAGGAUAUCAGCGACUUCGACACAUGGUAAACGACAAGUGGCAGGCGCGCGCCCGCACGGACGCACACACUCACCGCGCUGUCACAAAGACGGGCCAGCCCGUCAAGGGACGUAAACGACACGGUGGUGUACGUGUGGGUGAGAUGGAACGUGAUGGCUUGCUGUCGCAUGGUAGUGCGGAGGUGGUUCUGGACCGUCUGCUGCAUGUCUCGGACAAGGCAAAGGCCUUCAUAUGUGUGGAAUGCGGUUCUCUCCUCUCCAUCUACGAGCGACACGCGACGGAAUAUUCGACAUGGAAGACGUGCAAAUUUUGCGGUGCUGGGUCGCAGGAGGCGACAGACACGAUUGCUUUUGUGGAGAUACCGCAGGUGCUGCGCCUGUGGGCUGCUGAGCUCACCGGCAUUGGUAUCCGUGUCGUGUUGAAGACGAGGGAUGAGGCCUCAUGA